UUUGAGAAGGGCUAACGUGAGCAUACCCAGCAAUUGUUCAUAACCAGAGUCCUCUUACUCUCUGGCAAAUACGGAUCCGGUAUUUACCCAGUAUUUGCCGGUGGUGGUCUGGACGUAGAAGCACUUUUUACUGCACAGGACUUCAGAGCUGCUGUUUUAGGACCCAAGUGGGAUGUUGCUCGUAUUGCAUCUAGGCUACAGAAGAGGCCAGGCUGUGUAUACAGUGAAGGCAAGCUGGUAUUCAGGCUGUAAAUCACUCUUGGAAACUGUUAGAUCCUUCUAGUGCAGGGAGCUUAACCUUUUUUGUGCCAUAGAUGCCUUCUCAGCAGAAUGUAUUUCAAUGCGAAAAAUAAAAGGCCUCGAAAUACCAAGGAAAUGGACUACCUUGAAAUAGACUUCUUGAAGACACUUGUGAUUGUGACUCUUUAUGAACACAUUAAAUAAGAUCAGCACGGCCGGUCAGGCGCUCCGAUGAACCACCCCGGGAAUGGCCACGAAGCCAGCAGGGCUGGGAUGUCAGGCAAAAGGCCCCGUCGGGAGGAGACGCACGUCUGCGAGAAAUGCUGCGCGGAGUUCUUCAGCCUCUCCGAGUUCUCGGAACAUAAGAAAAAUUGCACUAAAACCCCCCCUGUCCUCAUCAUGAGCGACAGCGAGGGGCCAGUGCCUUCGGAAGACUUCUCCGGGGCGGUGCUGGGCCACCCGCCACCCAGCCCGGGCAGCAAGGGCAGCCCCAGGGAGGAGGGCGGCAGCUCGGGGGACGCCAGGGAGAAGCCGGGCGUCGAGCCUGUCGUGUUCCUGAAGACGGGGACCGCGCCGCCCGCGCCCCAGGACCUCGGCUACUUACCCAAGGGCAAAGUGGCCAACACGAACGUCACCCUGCAGGCGCUGCGGGGCACCAAGGUGGCCGUGAACCAGCGCAGCGCGGACGCGCCCCCGGCCCCCGGGCCCGGCGCCAGCAGCCUCCCGUGGGUCCUCGAGCAGAUCUUGUGCCUCCAGCAGCAGCAGCUGCAGCAGAUCCAGCUCACCGAGCAGAUCCGCGUGCAGGUGAACAUGUGGGCCUCGCACGCCCUCCACUCCGGCGCGGCGGGAGCCGACGCCCUCAAGACCUUGGGCAGCCACGUGUCCCAGCAGGUGUCUGCGGCCGUGGCUUUGCUCAGCCAGAAAGCCGGAAGCCAGGGCCUGGCCCUGGACGCCCUGAAACAAGCCAAGCUACCUCACGCGAACGUCCCCGCCGCGAGCGGCGCCGUGUCCCCGGGGCUGGCGCCCUUCGCCCUGAAGCCCGACGGCGCGAGGGUGCUGCCGAACGUGGUGUCGCGUCUUCCCGGCGCCCUGCUACCUCAGGCCCCCGGCUCUGUGCUCUUCCAGAGCCCUUUCUCCACCGUGGCGUUAGACCCGUCCAAGAAAGGGAAGGGGAAGCCACCGAACGUGUCCCCCGUGGAGGUCAGACCCAAAGACGAGGCCGUCCUCUGCAAGCACAAGUGUAAGUACUGUAGCAAGGUUUUUGGGACUGAUAGCUCCUUGCAGAUCCACCUCCGCUCCCAUACCGGAGAGAGACCCUUCGUGUGCUCUGUCUGCGGCCAUCGCUUCACCACCAAGGGCAACCUCAAGGUGCACUUUCAUCGACACCCCCAGGUGAAGGCAAACCCCCAGCUGUUUGCCGAGUCCCACGACAAAAUGGCAGCAGGCAAUGGCAUUCCCUACGCACUCUCUGUACCCGUCCCCAUAGAUGAGUCGAGUCUCUCACUAGACAGCAAACCCGUCCUGGUGACAGGGACCCCCAGUGGAGGGCUACCUCAGAGUCGCUUUUCAGGGACUAACCCCAAGGACCUCCUGGGCGGCCCCUUGCCCGGCGACCUGCAGCCCGGGCCUUCUCCGGAAAGUGAGGACGGAGCCCUGCUGUCGGGGGUGGGGCCAAACCACAGUUCCCCAAGGGUUGGUGGCUUCCAAGGGAGCGGGACCCCCGAGCCGGGGUCCGAGACCCUGAAGUUGCAGCAGCUGGUGGAGAACAUCGACAAGGCCACCAGCGACCCCAACGAGUGUCUCAUUUGCCACCGGGUCCUGAGCUGCCAGAGCUCGCUCAAGAUGCAUUACCGCACCCACACCGGGGAGAGGCCGUUCCAGUGCAAGAUCUGCGGGCGAGCCUUCUCCACCAAGGGCAACCUGAAGACGCACCUCGGGGUCCACCGAACCACCACGUCCGUCAAGACGCAGCAUUCGUGCCCCAUCUGCCAGAAGAAGUUUACCAACGCGGUCCUGCUGCAGCAGCACAUCCGGAUGCACAUGGGCGGCCAGAUUCCCAACACGCCUCUGCCCGAGAACCCCUGCGACUUCGCGGGCCCCGAGCCGGGGAUGCUCAGCGAGAACGGCAGCGCGGGGCCCGUCUGCCACGACGACCCGAUCGAAAGCAUCGAUGUUGCCGAGGCCAGCCCCCAGGACGCCCCCGGUAGCUCCUUGAAGGUCCCCGCGCCACUUCCCGGCGUGCAGUCCGCCUCCCCCACUCCCGGGUUCGCCGGGACGGCCUCCCUAGACGCCCCCGGGAGGCUGGCUCCCGCUCCUCUCGCCCUGCAGCGGCAAAGCAGCAGAGAAAACGGCUCGGUGGAGAGCGACGGCCUGACCAACGACUCGUCUUCCUCGGUGAUGGGAGACCCCGAGUACCAGAGCCGAAGUCCCGACGUCCUGGAGACCGUGUGCUUCCAGGCACUCUCCCCGGCCAAUAGCCAGGCAGAAAGCGUCAAGUCCCGAUCUCCCGAUGCCGCUGGCAAAGCAGACGGCGCCGAGAACAGCCGCACUGAGAUGGAAGGUCGUAGCAGCCUGCCGUCAACAUUUAUCCGCGCCCAGCCAGCCUAUGUCAAAGUCGAAGUCCCUGGUGCGUUUGUCGGACCCGCGACCAUGUCCACGGGCAUGACUCCUCUGUUGGCAGCCCAGCCACGCCGACAGGCCAAACAGCAUGGCUGCACGCGGUGCGGGAAGAACUUCUCCUCGGCGAGCGCCCUUCAGAUUCACGAGAGGACUCACACUGGGGAGAAGCCUUUCGUGUGUAACAUAUGCGGGCGAGCUUUUACCACCAAAGGCAACCUGAAGGUCCACUACAUGACGCACGGAGCCAACAGUAGUUCUGCGCGCCGAGGGAGGAAGCUGGCCAUCGAGAACACCAUGGCUCUGUUAGGGACUGAUGGGAAGAGAGUCCCCGAGAUGUUCCCCAAGGAAAUCCUGGCCCCCUCGGUGAACGUGGACCCUGUCGUGUGGAAUCAGUACACCACCAUGCUCAACGGGGGUCUGGCCAUGAAGACCAAUGAGAUCUCCGUGAUCCAGAGCGGCGGCAUCCCCACCCUCCCGGUUUCCCUGGGGGCCAGCUCCGUUGUGAACAACACCACCAUCUCCAAGAUGGACGGUUCCCAGUCCGCCCUCAGUGCCGAAGUGGAAAAACCAGGUGCUGCUGACAGUGUCCCCAAACACCAGUUCCCUCACUUCCUGGAGGAAAACAAGAUCGCAGUCAGCUAAGCUCAGGAGCUCAGGAGCGCCCUUGGUGAAGGAGAAAUGCAGGCAGAAUGACCUCCCGAACUGGACUUUUUUUUUUUUUUUUUUUUACCUUUUUAAAAGAACCCAUCCCCUCCUGUUUGUUUUCUUACUGACGUGCAAAUGAUGUUUACAGUUGUGAUCACAACCUCAGGCAAAUCCUACAAUCAGAUGUUAUGCUGCUUUGCAGGAAAAAAAUGGAAAAAAAAAUGAAAAAAGAAAAACGAAAAACAAAAAAAACGAAAAAAAAGAAAAAAUGCAUACUAAAACAAAAACAGACUAGAAUUUUUUUUUUUUUUUUAAAUGUUGGAAAGAAGCGGGUCUGGCAAAGUAGCUUUGUUACUUGCGACAAACUAUACAUGAAACAUUUGUACAACCUAGAGUAACUAUUUCCAAAGAGGAUCCCGGUUGUUUCCAGUUGGAGCUUCCCAUAGUGGAAAAGACGACUGUUAGCUUCAUUGUGGGGGGUGCUCUAUACGUCCCCCCGCGGCUGUCUGUAUGCGGGUACGUGGACAAGAUACGGCAUCUGUUUAGGGACCUGUUUUGAAUGGCCCCCCAGCUCUGCACCCAUCCUCCGUUCCUCCCCCCAGAAUGUACUUUUUUUUUUUUUUUUUUUAUAACCAAGGUUGCCAACGAAUUCCAAAAUUCCUUCAGCCUUGGAACCUCCGAUAGAAUACCCUCAGAUGGACUGAUUUUAGUCCUUAGGGAGUCAAUGCUUGUUGCUGCUUAUUUAAAAAUAUAGUUCGGUUGGAACCCGAGAGUGCCAAUGUACUCCCUACGCUUUCCAAACGCCUCCCUCCUGAGCCACCAGGAGAGGCAGGCGCCGGUGCAGAGACCCUCAGGUGACUUACUUUGGUUCGCCAGUGCCUACCGCGUUGAAGAACUGGGUUUCCGUUCUUUAAGAAACUCAUGGAAGAACAUGUGUCUCAUAGGUACACAUACCAAUUUGUACGCCUCCGAAUUUGUACAGAAGUGUCCUCGGUGCAACUUAAAUGCCAAGUAAUUAUGAAGAUUGUUGUUGAGUAUUGCAUGAAGGCUACGAAGUUGGAACAGGCAAGUCAUGGGUGUGAAAGCUUUAAUUUAUCUACCUCAUUUAUUUUUAUUUUUGUAGCCAUAGUCUAUUUUCCUAUUUCGUGACCGCUAAAGUGUUCCGAUGCCCUGUCUUCAACCGGAGUUGAUGUACAGCGGGAACAACUGAACAUUCAAGAUACCGUUAUUGUUCUUCGUUUUAAGCCCCCCUCCCCCUUUUUGUAUACAUAAUAUGAAGCGAAUGAGGACACCUUGCUCUAACGGUAUAACAAGGAAGGAGAGAGAAAGACCUUUAUUUCUGAGGGGACAAGUCUCCUUCUAUGUGGAAAAGUAGACCAAGAACUGUUAUCAAAAGUUUGUCUGUGUUAUUGCACCUGACUUUAGGAUCCAAAAAAAAAAUUUUUUUUUGCCAUGUUGUGCCUUUCCUCCUAAAAUUGUAUAAGAUGAACACAAUGCUAGUACCUGUUUACACUGUGAAGUGGAUAUUGUUACAGAGAACACACCGGAGGCUUUCUCACUGUUAAGCGAAUAAUGCCUUGUGAAUGUAUGAUCUAUGGAGAAACCCCUGUAGUUUUACCUGCUGAUGCUGUCUGUUUUGUUGGAGAAUAAAUUUUGGUUGUUGUUGUUUUUUUCUUUCCCCCA